CACAAAGUUUCCAUGUAUGUCCUACGAGCUGAUAGUGACGAUCAGCCGGUUUAUGAGCGAGUUCCAGUGGCGAUUAGGUUAAGUUUAGGUGGUGUUCACGACGUUACCAGCUUUUAUAGGUUUGGUGUCUCGGAACCUUUGUUGUGAAAUUUGAUGCAAGGUCGAGGUUGAAUAGGAGCAUUCAGGCCGGGCAGCUGGUGAUGUGAUUCUACGAGCUUACCACAAUCGCAGUUGGGACUUCAGUGUUAACAUCUGGUCUAUCUUAUUCACUCCCCUUGCAAAUACAUCAAUUCACACGGAUUUGUAGCGUGGAAAGUCUAGCGAAAGAAUGACCAGUCCUCACUCAGGGAAACACAAGGCAUGCUCGAGACGUACGGUGAUCCUGUCAUGCACAUGCACAUUAAGGGAACGUUCACAGUGUAUUUGAAGAAGCCUCUGCCACGUUUGCACUGCUGGUCCGUCAUACACAAGACUGGGAAAUGGCGAGGUCACUUAUAGCCGGAAGAAUCGCUGUAAUAAUAGUGAAAGUUGAUCGGAUCCCAUGGUCGGGUAAUGUCUAUUUUUGAAUUUUCUGAGGAAUUUAUGCGUCAUUGUGAAACGUCACCUAUCAAAGAAUUCAGAAGGGGGUUUCGAAUGAGCUAUGACCAGGAGGUUAUGCACAUUGAGCACGGCCGUGAUACAGUUUUUCCUAUUUUUAACCUUAAAUAUGUGGCGACAGUUUUUUGACACAUAAGAGGGGAAUCGAGAGUUGGGCAACUUUAGUUCGAUCAAUCCAUUCCAAAGUGGAUAUAAACCUUUCUAGCUGAAACACCCGACGCUCCCAAAUCUUUCGUGCUGGUAUCAUUGCACGACUCUUCACGAGGCUAAUUUCCUGGAACAGUAGAAUUAUCAAACUUUGUCGCGAUUGAAGAGUGCGGGGAAGUCAGCAGUGUUGAAUAGCCUCAUUGGUCACCCAGUUUUGCCAACAGGAGAAAAUGGAGCGACCAGAGCUCCUAUUAUUCUUGAUAUGGAGCGAGAUAAGUCUGGUAGCAGCAGAGGAUUGGCGGUUGUAUUGGAUGGAAGAACGCAAAAUGUCUCAGCAGGUGAUGUGCGGCACUCAUUGCAAGGGAGGUUAAAAAAUGUAACCGCCUCUCAGGGGAGGUCUGAAGGAAUUCGGUUGACACUUCGCUCAGCUUCUACGCCACCACUGAAGCUGAUUGACCUUCCUGGACUUGACCCAAGAUCGUCGACUGAUGAUUCUCCUGCUCAUGACCAUGCGGCAAACAAUGAUGCCAUAUUACUUAUUGUGAUACCAGCAACGUCAUGUCGCGAAGUUGCUGCUUCUAAGGCUUUGAAGUUAGCUCAAGAACUGGACUCUGAUGGAUCAAGGACUGUGGGUGUGAUUAGCAAAGUCGACCAAGCAGCCUCGGAUCCAAGAAGCUUAGCUGCUGUAAAUGCACUCAUAUCUGGUCAAGGCCCCCCUUCUACUGCGGACAUACCCUGGGUUGCACUGAUUGGCCAUUCUGUUUCCAUUUCAACAGCACAUUCGAAUGGUGAAGACUCUUUAGAUACUGCUUGGAGGGCUGAAAUGGAAUCAUUAAAGUCUAUUUUAAAUGGAGCACCACCGACUAAGCUAGGACGGAUAUCUUUGGUUGAGACCUUGUCCCACCAAAUCCGAAACCGUCUGAAACAGAGACUUCCAAAUAUAUUAUCUAGGCUUGAGGGGAAGUCACAAGUUGUUGAGCAAGAAAUAGCUAGACUGGGAGAACAAAGGGUGCAAACUUCAGAAGGGACGCGUGCAAUCGCAUUGGAGCUGUGUCGAGAGUUUGAGGAUAUGUUUUUGCAACACAUCAAUACCGGGGAGGGUCAAGGGUGGAGAGUGGUGUCAAGCUUUGAAGGUGUGCUGCCCAAAAGGAUUAAGAAUCUACCGCUUGACCAGAUGUUUGAGAUCAGCAGCGUUAAGAAGCUGGUUCUUCAAGCAGAUGGCUAUCAACCAUACCUUUUGUCACCAGAAAAGGGUUUAAGAGCACUUGUAAGGAAGGCAUUAGAGUUGGCAAAAGAUCCAGCGAAGGCUUGCGUGGAUGAGGUUCACCGUAUUCUUAUUGAUAUAGUAUCUGCUGCUGCAAAUGGGACUCCGGGGCUAGCAAGAUAUCCACCUCUGAAGAGAGAGAUUGUUGCCAUUGCCAGUUCAGCGCUGGACGAAUACAGGGUUGAAUCAAAGAAAAUGGUUGUUGCUCUUGUUGACAUGGAGCGUGCAUUUAUCCCACCUCAACAUUUUGUUAGACUUGUCCAACGCAGGAUGGAUAGAUUACGACGAGAGGACGAUGUAAAGGGUCGGCAGACAAAAAAGGCUCAAGACGCUGAGCAGUCAUUGUUGAGCAAGGCAACAGUCCCAACCAAUGUUGGAGGAACUUUGAAGGAUGCCAAGAAAGCUGAGGAAGCAAAGAAAGAGAGCACGGAUGCACCGUCAACCUUGCAGAUAGUGGGAGAUAAUGCUGCAGGUUAUCUUCUAAAACAAAGUGAGAAGAAUGAGUGGACUAAGCGGUGGUUUGUUCUCAAUGAAAAAACUUGCAAGCUUGCAUACACGCAAAAGCCCGAGGAAAGGGCUUUCCGAGGAGUGAUUGCCUUGGAAGAAUGUAUCCUUGAGGAUGGUCCUGAUAAUAAGGAGAAUGGAGCAGAGGAUGCAAAUGCUAAAUCAUCAAAGAGUAAAAAGGCUAAUGGGACAGCAGAAAAAGAUGAGCCAACUUCUAGCCUGAUUUUCAGAGUCAGUCAUAAAGUGGCUUACAAGACGGUUCUAAAAGCGAGUCAUUCGCUUGUAGUGAAAGCUGAGAACAUGGCUGAGAAGCUGGACUGGAUGGCAAGGAUUAGAGCCUGUAUCGAGGCUAAGGGAGGGUCCUCCGAAGAUCCUGUCAGGUCUUCAAAAGAUUCUCUUAGGUCCUCAAAAGACUCUGAGAGCAAUGUAAUAACAAGAUCUACUUAUGAUGGCCCUGAUACAUCGACAGUUUUGAGGAAACCAAUAGAUCCAGAGGAGGAUUUGAGACUCAUGGCUCAAGAAGUUCGAGAUUAUGUGGAGGCUGUGCUUAACAGUUUGUCUGCAAAUGUUCCGAAGGCAGUGGUCCUUUGUCAAGUGGAGAGGGCCAAGGAUGCUAUGCUAAAUCACCUUUAUAGCUCCAUCAGUUCGCAAGAAUCAAACAGGAUUGAAGAACUAUUACAAGAAGAUCAAGAGGUUAAAGCUCGGCGUGAGAAAGCUCUUAGGCAAGCGGCAGCAUUAUCCAAGUUGACCAGGCAACUAAGUCUUCAGGAAGCUCGCACGGCUGCGGUGACCGGUUAUGGGGAUGCCUCGGAUUCGACGGCAGGUGGCAUGCCUGACGCAGAGGAAUGGCGUGUAGCCUUUGAUCGAGCAGGAUCCUCUCGGUCCAGCUACUCUAGUUCACCUUCGCGGUCAUCUAGAGCUCCCUCUCCCUCUAUGAAUGGACGACCUUCGUCACGCAACAGCAACUACAGCGAUGGUGAUGAAAAUGUGGAUGUGGGUAGUAGUCGCCGCAUACCUGGGCGGCGAGCACCGCCGCCGCCACCCCCACCUGGUGCUUCAUCAAUGUAUAGAUAUUAAAGGUUACGAGACAAACUUGCAUGAUCUCUUUGCUCACUUCGGUUUUUUACUUUUCAGUUAUUGUGCAGAUUGAUAGGUUCAUUAAUUCCUAUUGAAUGUUUCACUAGUUUACAACUUCGAUUUGAAAACAUCAUGUGCCGUAAGCACGUUAAUUACGCUUGCUCUGUGCAUGUUAUUGACGCUUGCAAAAUCUUUUUAGUUAAUAUUAGGCUGAGCCAUUAAUACCUGAAUGUGUUAUCAAGUUGUUUCAGCAGAUUUGAACUCUUCGUGUUUCAACUUUGCAGCAUCUAUUUCUAGAUAUGCGAUUAUUAUUUUGUGUAACAAUUUUGAGCCCUGGUUGAUCACAGCGAUUGCUGGGGAAAACUUUUGUUA